GGUCUUUCCGGGAGAUCCGCGGGUCCCUAUUGGUCAGUUAAGUCGAGGUCAAGCAAGCAGGCUCGGUUAAUCGUCGUCCCGGCGUGUUGCAUCAGCUCGCUGGCAGUGUAAUGGAGAAGGUGGUCGAACGGUUGGAGGCCAUGGACGUCGAGGGUCAGACUGAAGUUGCACCGACAAAACAGAAAGGAUCUAAGAAGGCAUGUGUUAAAGAAAGUGGUGAUACAAAAACUGCAGAGCUGGUUCCGUGGCCAUGUUACAUCAGUGAACGACUUGAACUGUACAACAAGCUCAAAGCAGAAAGUGACUCAAUUUUAGCAGAGCGAGCAAGCAAAGAGAGCAAACAAAUAACAAUUACUCUGCCAGAUGGCAAACAAGUACAAGGAGAGUCCUGGAAAAGCACACCUUACCAGAUUGCCUGUGGUAUCAGUCAGGGUUUGGCAGACAAAGUUGUCGUUGCUAAAGUAAAUGAAGUGGUUUGGGACCUGGAUCGACCUCUGGAAGGAGACUGCAGUCUAACACUACUCUCAUUUGAUGAUGAAGAGGGUCAGGCUGUAUAUUGGCAUUCCAGUGCCCAUAUAUUAGGAGAGGCCAUGGAAAGAGUCUUUGGAGGGUGUCUCUGCUAUGGGCCACCUAUUGAAAAUGGAUUUUAUUAUGACAUGUUCUUGGAAGAAGGAGGUGUUUCCAGCAACGAUUUUCCAGCUUUAGAAAACCUGUGUAAACGUAUAAUGAAGGACAAACAGCCAUUUGAGAGACUUGAAGUGAAGAAAGAGACUCUUCUGGAGAUGUUCAAGUAUAACAAAUUUAAGGUCAGAAUUCUGAAUGAGAAGGUGAAUACGCCAACUACAACAGUAUAUAGAUGUGGACCAUUAAUUGACUUGUGUAGAGGACCUCAUGUUAGACACACUGGAAAAAUAAAGGCCAUGAAGGUUCACAAAAAUUCUUCCACUUACUGGGAAGGAAAAGCUGACAUGGAGACAUUGCAGAGAAUUUAUGGGAUUUCUUUUCCAGAUUCCAAAAUGCUGAAAGAAUGGGAAAAGUUCCAGGAAGAAGCAAAAAACAGAGACCAUAGAAAACUGGGGAGGGAGCAGGAGUUAUUUUUCUUCCAUGAACUGAGCCCAGGGUCCUGUUUCUUCCUUCCAAAAGGAGCAUACAUUUACAACGCAUUGAUUGAUUUAAUUAGGAGUGAAUACAAGAAAAGGGGCUUUACAGAGGUAGUGACUCCCAACAUUUAUAAUAGUAAGCUGUGGAAAACUUCAGGGCACUGGCAGCACUACAGUGAGAAUAUGUUCAGCUUCGAAGUGGAAAAGGAGCUCUUUGCCUUAAAGCCUAUGAAUUGUCCGGGCCAUUGCCUUAUGUUUGACCAUCGGCCACGGUCUUGGCGGGAGCUGCCAAUGCGAUAUGCGGAUUUUGGGGUUCUUCAUCGCAAUGAGCUUUCGGGAGCACUGACUGGCUUGACUCGGGUGCGUAGGUUUCAGCAGGAUGAUGCCCAUAUUUUCUGCACUAUGGAACAGAUUGAGUCAGAGAUUAAGGGAUGCCUGGACUUUCUGCAUGCUGUCUAUGAUGUUUUUGGAUUUACUUUCAAACUUGAGCUUUCCACUCGCCCAGAGAAAUUUCUUGGUGAUAUUGAAGUGUGGAACACUGCUGAGAAGCAACUAGAAAACAGCCUCAAUGCUUUUGGUGAGAAAUGGUCUUUGAACCCUGGUGAUGGUGCUUUCUAUGGGCCAAAGAUUGACAUAAAAAUCAAAGAUGCUAUUGGUAGAUAUCAUCAAUGUGCUACAAUUCAAUUGGAUUUUCAGUUGCCAAUCAGAUUUAACUUGACUUAUGUGAGUUCUGAUGGUGGUGAGCAGAAUAGGCCAGUUAUCAUUCACCGUGCCAUCCUGGGUUCCGUGGAACGAAUGAUUGCUAUUUUGACUGAAAACUAUGGGGGCAAAUGGCCAUUCUGGCUGUCUCCACGUCAAGUUAUGGUUAUACCUGUGGGACCUACGUGUGAAGAAUAUGCACAAAAGGUUCGGCACCAAUUUCACAAUGCCGGUUUAAUGAGUGACGUUGACCUCGACCAAGGGUGCACGCUGAACAAGAAGAUCCGAAAUGCACAACUUGCGCAAUAUAAUUUUAUUCUUGUGGUUGGUGAAAAAGAGAAGGGCAGUGAAAUGGUCAAUGUACGUACUCGAGACAACAAGGUUCAUGGGGAGCGCACAAUAUCUGAAACCAUUGAGAGGCUUUUGCAGCACAAACGGUCCAGAACCAAACAUGCUGAAGAGGAGUUCUGAAGAUUUUCCCCUUCAUUCAGCUGUGUGGAUCCAAACGGUUUUUAUUGGGGAGAUCAGAAAAACAAAUUCAGCUUUUAAAAUUCAAUUAAGAAGUAAUCAGCACCAAUCAGUGUCCAAUAAUGUGGGUUAAAUGUUAAAUGCUAAAUGCUUCCAAUUUCAAUUUGUGUAUAUGGACAGCAGCUUGCAUAAAUAUUUUGAAAAUAACAUCUUUAAUCAUAUGUGACCUUUUCUUCUCUUCCUAAAGUUCAUGUUAUGAAAUUUCUUGUGAUUCAGGACUAAGUGUAGACAAAAAUGUCCAGUAAAAUGAAUUUGUGCCUGGA